CCCAUUAGAAAGAGGAAGGGUGUUGGUUUUCACUGAGUUGACACACAUAUUAGAGAAGUACUUUACCCUGUGGAAUAUACAAACAUUACUUACAUUUUACAUUGAGUCUAUGUGAACUACAUGACCUGUUUGAGUGUCGUCUUAAUCCUGGUUAUCAAAUCCGCUCAGCGUUGCCAUGGUCCACAAGACGGAAACAAAACUAAACACACACACACACAUACACACACAGUGCGGAUGAGGAGGUUGAGUGUCUGGUGAAGUGAGGACAAAUGCACCGAUGGAUGACAGAACCAUGAUCGUUGUGUUUCUGCUCUGCGUCACAACAGUUUCAGACAUGCCAGUAGCAGGCCACUCUCUGGAUGUUUGUGCUUCCUGUCACGCUAACGCCACAUGUGAAGACAAACUUGACGGCUCUGGAAAAGUUUGUAACUGCAAGUACGGCUUUGUUGGAAAUGGAAGAACCUUCUGUCAAGAUAAAGAUGAGUGUCAGAUAGGAGCCACUAAGAUCUGUGGACAUCACACAACCUGCCACAAUACAUUUGGCAGCUACUACUGUACCUGCCUCGAUGGCUACAGCCCCUCCAACAACAUGGCCAUCUUCAUCCCAAAUGAUGGCACCCACUGCCAGGAUAUUGAUGAGUGCAGGAUCACAGGGCUGUGUGGAGAAGGAGCCGAAUGUAGGAACCUGGAGGGGAGUUACGACUGCAGCUGCAAACUGGGAUACAGAGUCCACAAUGGACACGAGCCCUUCCAGCCCGACAGAGACGAGGCUACCUGUGAAGUGGUUGACUGUGGACCCCCGGUCUCAGUGGAGGAUGCCACACUGCUGUCGAUCACAGGGACCACAUACAACAGCAUGGCCACAUUUACCUGUGACGAGGGUUUCCUAUGGAGACGAGGAGACAACACGUCUGUGUGUGGAGCUGAUGGACAGUGGAGACGACCGACCAUGGUCUGUGAAGAGGUCGACUGUGGCCCCCCCCCUGCUCUGCCUCACUCACGUAUGCUGUGGAAUAAGAGCUCGAGGAUGGGCGCUGAGGUGGUUUAUCAGUGUAACUCUGGAUAUCGUAAUGUUGGAGAGGGCAGUGUCUCUACCUGUUCUGCUGCUGGACAGUGGGAGGGACCGUCUGUCCUCUGCAAAGAGAUCUUGUGUGGAAAUCCCCCUGUAGUUGAGUCCACAGAACAGAUGUGGAACGGUAACUCGACCCCUGGCAGCACGGUACUUUAUAUGUGUAAAGACGGCUUUUAUUACAAUGGAGGACAUAAUAUAUCAAAUAUAUCAGUCUGUAAUGAAAACGGUCAGUGGACUCCUCCAACCCUGGCAUGCCAAGAGAUAAUAUGUGGAGAUCCUCUAACGCUGCCUCACACUGGGAAAGUGUGGAACGGCAGCUCCAAACCUGGAAGCACAGUGACGUACUACUGUAAAACAGGCUUUUAUUACAGUGAAGGAAACAAUGUGUCACUGUGUACAAUAUAUGGUCACUGGACUGAGGCAAACAUCUCAUGUAAAGAGGUUGACUGUGGCAUUCCCCCGACACUCCCUCAUUCAGUCAUGCAGUGGGAUAAAAGCUCCUCUGUGGGCUCUAAAGUUAUUUAUCGGUGUAACUCUGGAUAUAAAGGUGUUGGAGACCGAAAUGUGUCAGUUUGUAAAUCCACUGGAGAAUGGGAUGAUGCCUCUCUGCUCUGUCAAGAAAUAACUUGUCAGGAGCCUGCCGUCAAACCAAAUGUUAAAAUUCUAUGGGACGGCACAUCACACAUUGGCAGUGUGGUGUAUUAUGAGUGUGAUGAAGGAUUUUACACCCAGAGUCUGAGAAACUACUCAGUAUGUGGAGAGAAUGGACGCUGGGAUGAUGUCGAUUUCUGGUGUGAAGAAAUAAGUUGUGGUCCUCCUCUAUCUGUCCCUGUCACUAACCUCCUGUGGGACGGCAGCAGUAGAGCUGGCAGUGUGGUGAUGUAUGAAUGUAAGGAUGGAUUUUACCAGGACAGUGGAAAUAAUGUCUCUACAUGUUCAGUAGCAGGAGAGUGGAUGAAAGUAUCUGUAAAAUGCAAAGCUAAAUGUGGCCCAGCUCCUUCUCUUACCCACUCAGAUGUGGUUUGGCACAACAGAAGUGUAGUGAUCCACCGCUGUGUGGAUGGAUUUCACAGCUGGAGAGGCAGCAACAUCUCUGUGUGUGACAGCUCAGGGGUUUGGCAGAACGCCACUCUGAAAUGUGUAGAAAUCAAGCCACCCAUCAAUCACUUACAUGUCAUAAAUGAAAAAUGUCUGCUCUGGAAAGCAGAAAAGUAUGAAGAGGAUACCGAAGUUUACAAGGUGAGUUUCAUAGGAUCUAGAGAUUACCAGACGUCCUUUCAUGACAAAAGGAAGCGGUUUCUGAGCUCCAAAGCUGAGGAGCUGAAACUCUGCCUCAACCUGCUUCCAUUCACAAACUACAGCAUCUCCAUCACCGCCACGUUAGCCAGAUUCACAGCCUCCAUCACCACCAACACCAGCUUACCAGUACCUGCAGCACCAGUGGUUUACUACAGAGAAUUUGAGACUCCUGUACCAACUCUGACACUUCGCAGAUCACCAAACACACUAGACCUGAUAAGUUUGUACCAAGUGUUUGUGCUUCCUGUGGAGGGGAUUAUGGUGUUUGACUGUUCCUCUCCUGGACACCCAAACCCCGAAACCAAAAGCAGAUCCUCAACAGACUACAUCGCCGCCCAAAUCCAAGUCAGACGUGUUGGGACAGAGAUGAAUUUUACUGUAGGGGAUGGACUCUAUUAUGAAGGCUUCUUUAACACUCCACUACAGAAUGGCAGGAACUACUAUAUCAUCUUACGAGCUGUCAGUCAGUGGAAAACAGCUUUAAAAAGUUCCUGUGUCCUCUGGGCUAAAGUCAGAGGUACGUCAUUUGCUCUGAGGGUUUCCUUGCUUUCUGCUGCUGCAUCGGUCGGACUGGUCGCCUUGGCCAUUUUGUUUGGAUACAGUUACAUCUGGUGUUUCAGGAGGACGUGAUGCUUCACUCUGCUGAUGUUUUGUAACUUUAUUUAUCACUUUUAUAAAUUAAGUCUUGACAUCCUACUUAAUUUUGUACAUUUUGUAAAUAAUAAUAAUAAAAAUUCUUGCAGUUUUCUGUAAUGUGUGUCCAUCCAA